CUGGACAUCGGGGCGACCCACCCUGAGCCGCCGGCCGGCGGCGCGCCCGCCAUUCUCCAGGGCCUCAACGAGCCUCAGCAACAGGCGGUCCUCGCCACUGAAGGCCCGUUGCUGAUCAUCGCCGGUCCCGGCUCCGGCAAGACCCGGGUCAUCACUCACCGCAUCGCCUACAUGGUCGGCGAGUGCGACGUCCGCCCGUGGCAGAUCCUCGCCGUGACCUUCACCAACAAGGCCGCCCGCGAGAUGCGAGAGCGCCUGGACCGGUUGCUCCUGAGCCGCAGCCAGGACGUGACCAUGGGCACCUUCCACGCCGUCUGCGCGCGUAUCCUGCGCCGGCACGGUGAGCGUGUGGGGCUGGACCGCAACUUCACCAUCUACGACCAGGACGACCAGAUCGACGCCCUCAAGUCGGCCAUGCAACUGGCCGAUGUCGAUGUGAAACGCUACCCGCCACGCGCCGUCCUCUCCCGCAUCUCGGCGGCCAAGAGCGUGCUGCAGGACUCCCAGGCCAUGGCGCGGGCCGCCUACGACAGCGACGACGAAUACGGCGCUCACUGGAUCGAUACCUGCGCCCGCGUCUAUCGUUACUACGAGGAAGCGCUGAGCCGCCAGAACGCCCUGGACUUCGACGACCUCCUGGUGCGGACCACCCAUCUCCUGGAGCGGGACGCUGAGGUCCAGGCCCAGUACCACCAGCGCUACCGCUAUCUCCUCAUCGACGAGUUUCAGGACACCAACGUCGCCCAGUAUCGCCUCGCCCAACUCCUCACCGGCCCUCAUCGGAACCUGUGCGUGGUCGGCGACCCUGACCAGAGCAUUUACGCCUGGCGCAACGCCGACAUCGGCAACAUCCUCAGCUUUCAGAGCGACUAUCCCAACGCCACCGUGGUCAGCCUGGGACAGAAUUACCGCUCUACCAAGAAUAUCCUGCACGCGGCGGACAGCGUCAUCUCGAAAAACACCGAGCGCAUCGACCAUCAGCUUUUCACGGACAACCCAACCGGCGAUGCCGUGACGCUGCACGAAGCGUUCAGCGAGGAGGACGAGGCGCUUUGGGCCGUGGACGAGGUGUCGCGCCUGAGCCGCACCGGCCGGUUCCGCAACGGCGACUGCGCCAUCAUGUACCGCAUCAACGCCCAGAGCCGCGCCUUCGAGGACCAGUGCAUGCGUCAGGGCAUCCCGUACCGGCUGGUCGGCGGGGUGCGCUUCUACCACCGCAAGGAGAUCAAGGACGCGGUCUGCUACCUGCGCGUGGUCUUCAACCCCGACGAUGAGGUCAGCCUCCAACGCGUCAUCAACCAACCGCCGCGAGGCCUGGGCGCAAAGUCGGUCCAGCAACUGACCGCCUACGCCGCCCGACGCGGACUUACCAGCCGCCAGGCCAUGCGGGAAGUGGCCGCCGCCCGCGCCGAAAAGCUGACGUGCCCCAUCGAGGUGACCGCCCGCGCCGCCCGCGCCAUGGCCGACCUUUCCGUCACCCUGGACCGGCUCACCGAAGCCUCCCGUGAGCUGGGCGUGGCCGACCUGCUGGACCGCGCCCUGGAUAUGACCGGCCUGGCCAAGCACAUGAACGCCCAGGACGACGGCGACGAGCGCUGGGAGAACAUCCUCGAGCUUCGCGGCCUCGCCGAGGAUUACGGCCCCUCCGGCAAUGACACCCCCGACGGCCUGGGCGCGUUCCUGGAGCGCGUGUCCCUGGUCUCUGACGUUGAUGCCUACGAGCAGUCCGAAGACUCCCUGACCCUCAUCACCCUGCACCAGGCCAAGGGCCUCGAGUUCCCCGUGGUCAUGAUGGCCGGCAUGGAGGAGGGACUGCUCCCCCACAGCCGUUCCAUGGACACGCUGGCUGAGGUCGAAGAGGAGCGCCGCCUUUGCUACGUGGGCAUGACCCGCGCCAAGGAGCGCCUCUACCUCCUCCGCUCCUUCCGACGCCGCUACCCAUCGACAGGCGGCGUCACCCUGCCCUCCCGCUUCUUGGAAGAGUUGCCGGAGGAUGUGCUGGCUUCGCCCGCGCUGGAUCGUCCGCCGGGAUCUCGCGCCGACUCCCACGGCCUCAACCCGUCCCGGUCCUCGCGCAACGCCGACGUCGGCAUCGGCGGCUCCUACGGACAGGCCCGCCGCGCUUCCCGCACUCGCCUGGGCGAUGGCGCGGGAACCGGUGGUGACGCCACCCGCGGACGCCUCCGCGGCAACAUCGAUGAGCGCCUGACCGAAUGGACCUCAAGCCGUCGCGCCCCGGCGGAACCGGAGCCCGAACGGGUUCCCCUGACGGUGGGCGAAAUCGUCCGCCAUCCCACCUUCGGCGAGGGCGUCGUGCAAGACGUUGAGGGCAGCGGCGAUAUGGAGCAGGUCACCGUCAACUUCCCUGGCGCCGGUUUGAAACGGUUGCUGGCAAGUCUGGCGCGCCUGGAGCGCGGCUAG